UUCAAAGAUAACAAAGUCACCUCUCGGUGCCUCGGUGGCCCAAAUUUUGCCGAUUGUGAGCCGACAGAGGAUUUCCCGCCGACCUGCCGAGGACCCCAAACGGACCAGAGACUCUAGCCAUGCCGCCAAGGUUCACCAGAACAUAACUCGCGUACUUGACUAUUACUCAAGCAAAGAGAACUUUGAACAUGUGCCUGUGACUCUUCCUGGGAAAUUUCCAAACCACCCACAUUUGAUAUCAGACUUUUUGGCCCAAAAGACGUGGAUUCAAUACAUGAACGAUAUUGUGCAACAAGCCGAUUGCUUGUACCGAAAUCUUUAUAAAUUCAACUACAUCACCACUUUGGAUGUUGAUGAGGUGAUUGUCCCCAUUAGCAAGGACAACUGGCACGAUUUGGUCUACGAAGUAGCAGUGCCAAGAGCUGCUCAACAGAAUAAAUCGUUCGCAGGUUUUGUGUCAAAAAACACUUUUUUCUUGGACUACCAGAUUGAACAGCAAGCUUGGUACGCAGACGUACCAAAGUACAUGCACAUGCUACAGAAUGUGCAUCGCAAGGAUUUUUAUUACCCGGUCAAUCAUACCAGAAAGCAUUCGAAGACUUUUUUUGACGUUGACAAGAUUCUUUCCAUCUUUUGCCACUACCCUCGGGAUUGUAUAACCAAAGAGUGCGAUUAUCUGAUCUUCGACCCUUCAGAAUCGCAACUUCAACACUACUGCGUUGGCCAGGGGCGAAGUCAUGGUGACUGCAAAAAUACUACUGAUGCAAAAAUCGUGCAAGACACUUCCCUUUGGAAAUACAAGGAUGAACUUGUUACGAAAACAAAUAAAGUUCUUAAAGAAACUGGUUUUUUAAAAUAAAAGUAGUAAAAGUAUAUAUGGAACAGUCAAUGCUGUAAAUUCUCUCUUUUGAAUCGAUUAAAAAUUGUAUUGUAUUGAAUUUAUGAACGAUAUAUUUGGGCAGAGAAUGCCCAGUGAUACAUAAACAAACAUAAUUUGAAACUAUAAAUGAUAAUUUUAAUAGAUUUAAAAAAAAUGAAUGUAUAAAAAAAAAUUCUUAAACGAGUUGUAUUAAUAAAUAUCUCAAAUAUCUAAUAGCGAUUUCAUCAGAUUUCACUAGUGAAAUCUGAUAGUUAUCAAUUUUUGCGAUUUAAAAAGUGUCACUUUUUUGCUUCUUUUUGUUCAACGUAAGUUGGCACUCUAUUAUAUAAAAAAAUUUUCAUCCCGGUUGAAAGAGCUCUUGAAUGUAAAAUUUUAUUAAACUUCUUGUUUCUUAUAACAUAUAAUUAAAAUCAAAGGGAAAAAUUUACAUCUCACUUUAGUAUUUUCAAAGCAAUUAAAUUCGACAUGCACCCGGCAUUAAAUAUACAUCUCGAUGCCGGAAUGAAGCGACUCAAGAUCGUGUAUACGUGUAGAAUUUUACUGCCGCGUAAAAUUAAUGUUUUUCAGUGUGUCCAUUUUUGUUGGGUUUGGAAAAAAACAUGCACAGUUCAAGGCCCGCGCGUCGAGAGCAUGAGAAUGCGCAUUAAUUUUAAACCUGACUGAGAACCUAACCCACAUUUGGCACGAAAAAUUAACGCAAAAGUCCAAACAAGCGCAGUAUAAUAAAACACGCACGCCAGCAGUCAGGUUAAUGAAGAAGAGACAAGGCCAACCGCCUACCAGCAUAAUAAUGACAGUUGCCGCGCAUCUUUUUAUAAUCACACUUAAAAGGUCACUUGCUCAUAUAUUAUACUUUGUUGGAAUUUUCAAAUAAAAAAACACCAAAAUGUUAAGCAGAUUAAUAAAAAAAAAAUAGAGGUGACACUUCCUUGAUUUCACGUCUUCCGGUUGAGGACUUUUGCACAUUUAAUAAAUACAAAUAAAACGCAAUUC